AUGGAGGUUUCCGCGCAGAGCAGUAAGGAGAGUCUGGCGAGCCCUGUCGAGGAUAAGAAGGACUUGGAGGCGCAGAUGGAGGGCGAGAAUGAGAGGACACCACCACAAGGAGAACCACAACCUCCAUCACAACUGCCCAAGGAUCCUAAUUUGGUGGAGUUCGAUGGCCCAGACGACCCCGGCAAUCCGAAGAACUGGUCCGUCAAAAGACGAGCGGCGAUUACGAUUUCCAUGGGCUGGAUGACCUUCGUCGUGACGUUUUCGUCGUCGAUUUUCGCCGUGGCGAUUGAGCCUGUCAGUCAGGAGUUUGGCAUUGGGAGUGUGGUGGCUACGUUGGGAGUUUCGUUCUUCUUGCUCGGUUUCGUCUUCGGCCCCAUCGCCUUCGGUCCAGCCAGCGAGGUCUACGGCCGUCGAGUCCCUCUCUUCUUGGGGUAUAUCAUCUUCGCGAUCUUCCAGAUCCCCGUGGCUGUUGCGCAGAAUGUGGAGACGAUUAUGAUCUGUCGCUUCUUGGGUGGUUUUGCGGCGUCGGCGCCCCUCGCGGUGGUUGGGGGUGCUAUGGCAGACCUUUGGGAUCCUGUUGAGAGAGCAUACGCUAUCUGUGCCUUUGCAGCAGGCGCCUUCGUCGGUCCUGUAGCUGGUCCGAUCAUUGGCGGCUUUGUUGUGGAGAGUUACCUGGGUUGGAGAUGGACUGCCUGGAUUACACUCAUCAUGGCAGCUCUCUUCGGUUUCAUAGGCUUGAUCGUCAUCCCUGAAACAUCAGCCGCGCGGAUUCUUCAGAUUCGAGCAAAGGAGAUGCGUUACCAAACGCAGAACUGGGCUCUCCACGCCAAAGCCGAUGAGAAUCGGAUCACCGCGAAGACGAUACUGACCGUCUACCUCGCCCGGCCUUUCGUGAUGAUCGUGAAAGAACCGAUCCUGGCGCUCAUAACAGCAUACAUGUCCUACCUCUACGGCGUCAUCUACAUGCUCUUCGAAGCCUUCCCCAUCUCCUUCCACGACCAACGCGGCUGGUCCCUCGGCGUCUCCGCCCUCCCCUUCAUCUCCUUCGUCGUAGGAAUCUUCAUGGGCGCCGGCAUGAUGUCCUACUCGGCCGCCACAAACUUCAAACGCGCCUACAUAAAACACGGCCGCCCGAUCCCGGAAGAACGCCUCCCGCCGAUGAUCGUCGGCGCCGUCGUCCUCCCCAUCGCCUUCUUCUGGUGGGCCUGGACGUCCUUCCCUUCCAUCUCCUGGAUCCCACAAGUGUUUGCUACGGCAUUCCUAGGGAUGGGCUUCCUCGUGGCCUUCUGGGAAGGUAUGCUGUACUUGAUUGAUUGCUAUGGCUUCUAUAGCAAUAGCGCUAUUGCGGUGAAUACGUUUGCGAGGAGUUUGGCGGGCGCGGCGUUUCCUUUGUUUUCGAGGUUCAUGUUUGAGGGCAUGGGGGUACAGUGGGGGGCGAGUCUGUUGGGGUUUAUUUGUUUGCUGUUUGCGCCGGCGCCAUGGUUGUUUUAUAAGUAUGGGGCGAGGAUAAGGGCGAGGUCGAAGUUUACGCCGACAGGAUAG